AUGGCUGAUGGUACGAAGGAUUUUGCACUUCGAAAAGUGAGUUCCCACUGCUCAAUAUCUGAAAUGGAUGACUAUGAUCUCUCAAAGCUUCUAGAUAAGCCAAGAUUAAAUAUCGAGAGGCAGAGAUCGUUUGACGAGAGGUCGCUUAGUGAGUUAUCUAUUGGUUUGGCGAGAGGGUUAGAUAAUUAUGAGGGCUUGUACUCACCUGGACGGUCAGGUUUGGACACUCCAGCCUCAUCCACUAGGAAUUCUUUCGAGCCCCAUCCAAUGGUUGCAGAUGCUUGGGAAGCCCUCCGACGGUCCUUGGUGUAUUUUCGGGGCCAACCUGUUGGCACAAUCGCUGCUUAUGAUCAUGCUUCUGAGGAAGUUUUAAAUUAUGAUCAGGUUUUUGUUCGAGAUUUUGUACCAAGUGCAUUGGCCUUUUUAAUGAAUGGUGAGCCAGACAUAGUUAAGAAUUUCCUGUUGAAGACGCUUCAGCUUCAAGGGUGGGAAAAAAGAAUAGAUAGAUUCAAGCUUGGGGAAGGAGCUAUGCCGGCUAGUUUCAAAGUUCUUCACGAUCCUCUACGCAAGUCAGAUACAAUAAUAGCUGAUUUUGGUGAAAGUGCAAUAGGCAGAGUAGCUCCGGUCGAUUCUGGUUUUUGGUGGAUAAUUCUUCUUCGAGCAUAUACAAAAUCUACCGGAGACCUAUCUUUGUCUGAAACCCCAGAAUGCCAAAAGGGCAUGCGACUUAUUUUGUCUUUGUGCCUGUCAGAAGGAUUUGACACAUUUCCUACUUUGCUGUGUGCCGAUGGGUGCUCAAUGAUUGAUCGCAGAAUGGGCAUAUAUGGUUAUCCUAUUGAAAUUCAAGCUCUAUUCUUUAUGGCAUUGAGAAGUGCUUUAGUAAUGCUGAAACAUGAUGCAGAGGGCAAAGAGUUCAUUGAGAGAAUAGUUAAGCGUUUGCACGCCUUGAGUUAUCACAUGAGAAUUUAUUUUUGGAUCGAUUUCCAACAAUUAAAUGACAUAUAUCGGUAUAAAACCGAAGAAUAUUCUCAUACUGCAGUUAAUAAGUUCAAUGUUAUUCCUGACUCAAUCCCUGAUUGGGUGUUUGACUUUAUGCCGACUCGUGGUGGUUACUUUAUCGGUAAUGUUAGUCCUGCGAGGAUGGAUUUUAGAUGGUUUGCUUUAGGUAAUUGUGUCGCCAUUUUGUCUUCUCUUGCCACUCCUGAGCAAGCUUCGGCUAUCAUGGAUCUUAUUGAAUCACGGUGGGAAGAGCUUGUCGGAGAAAUGCCUUUGAAAAUAGCUUAUCCGGCGAUUGAAAGUCAUGAAUGGCGUAUUGUGACUGGUUGUGAUCCUAAAAAUACAAGAUGGAGUUACCAUAACGGAGGAUCUUGGCCAGUGCUUUUAUGGUUGCUAACGGCUGCCUGCAUCAAGACUGGACGGCCACAGAUUGCAAGACGAGCAAUUGAUCUUGCGGAGAGCCGUUUGGUCAAGGAUGGCUGGCCAGAAUAUUAUGAUGGGAAACUUGGAAGAUAUAUCGGGAAGCAAGCUCGAAAAUACCAGACGUGGUCCAUUGCUGGGUAUCUCGUGGCAAAAAUGAUGUUGGAGGAUCCUUCACAUUUGGGGAUGAUCUCACUCGAAGAGGACAAACUAAUGAAGCCCGUGAUUAAGCGAUCUUCAUCGUGGACUUGCUGA